CAUAGAGCUCCGGUAGAUCCGCUUCCCCACAAGGUUCCAACUUUUCUUCACCGUCGCCGGAAAAUCAACAAUCCGUUUACUCCAAACCCACAGGGAACUGAAAAGGGGGCUGCUGAGAUUUUGGAUAUGGUGAUAGCUUUAGUAGCAGUGGUUGUGGCUAUCUUAUUGGGAGCUUUUCUUUUGAUCUCUCAAAACCCAAAAUCCGGUGGUUCAAAAAAUGAUCAGUCAAGUGCUAAGAAGGGAGCCAAAGUCUACAGCAAAGCUGAAGUGUCCUUGCAUAAUAAGAGAACAGACUGUUGGAUCAUUAUCAAAGACAAGGUGUAUGAUGUUACCUCAUAUGUAGAAGAGCACCCUGGUGGUGAUGCCAUUCUUGCACAUGCUGGGGGCGAUUCAACCGAAGGAUUUUACGGGCCACAGCAUGCAACUCGAGUUUUUGACAUGAUUGAUGACUUUUACAUAGGUGAUUUGGAGAAGUAGUUACACCGAUUGGGUUGUACAAUGUCUAGAGAUUUUUCAAGUUUCAAUUUUUUUUUGUUCCCAUUUCUGCUUUAAUGCGAUUUGUUUCUGCAUUUGCACACUUCAUUAGUUGGCUUCAUAGGUAAAUACCGGUAUGAAAUUAUUCAUCUCUUUAACUUGUUUGUUGAUUAAGUUGGUUAGCAAAAUUGCUAGUAUUAUCUGCCCUUGGUUUGUUAUGAUUUU